CGUUGGAGGUUGGUCGAUUUUCUGGUGAAGAAAUCGUAAUUAACAUUUCGUAAUUUUAAUGUAUUUGUAAGGUCGUUGUAGUUUUGAGGUGUUGUGAUUGUCUCUUGAAUAUUGCUAAGGCCGAAAUGUGUGGAUAUACAUCAAAAUGCUGUUUGCCGGAUGGCGAGGAAGCGAGUUGAAUCGAAUUGAUAGCCAGCGUAGCGGUAAAUCAAAAAUGAAAAUGAAAACAUGACGAAAUAUGUUUCCACUCGGACAUAUUCGGAACCCAAAUGCGAUGAUUAAACAUGACUGGAAUAAUAAACAUAGGAAACGUAGUUUAGUGUUUUAUAAUUUAAUUAUUAUUGUAAUAUUACUAUCAUUUCAAAGUGCUAAUUCUAAUACAACAAAUAUGAAUAGAAAUGAUAACAGAGGACAAGAUUCUGAUGAAUACGAUACAGACAGUGAAACUUAUAAAGUCAAUUUUCAAAAUCCAUAUUAUAGCAGUGAAGAUCUGCUAAGCAAAUUUCAUGGACAUGAAAAUAGUUAUAGUAAUUAUGGUGAUUACAAACGGUAUUACUUAAAUCCAUCUAAUCCAAUUCCUAAAUCUAAAGUUAAGUUUAAGAUAAGCAGUAGGAUAGUCCAGACAAAAUAUGGGAAGCUGCAGGGCAUAGUUUUGGGAAUGGAUGAGCACAGGUUUUUGAGUCCUCUGGAAGUAUUUUUAGGAGUGCCGUACGCAACACCUCCUGUGGGGUCCAACCGGUUUAGCCCAACCAGAACACCUUCGCCAUGGGAUGGAGUGCGUGUAUCUGAUCGUCCAGGUCCAGCUUGUCCACAGAAACUUCCCAAUUUUGAAGAUGAAAGGGUUCUGUUAGAGAAAAUGCCUAAAGGCAGAUUAGAAUAUUUAAAAAGACUGAUGCCUUAUGUUAAGAAACAAAGUGAAGAUUGUCUUUAUUUAAAUAUAUUUGCACCAUUACAAAUGGAUGAUAUCAAACUAGCACUGCCGGUAUUAGUCUACAUUCAUGGUGAUGGUUACUCAAGUAGCUCAGGAAGCCCCUACGAUGGUGCUGUGAUAGCCAGCUACACGGAUCUCAUAGUUGUUACCCUCAACUACAGAUUGGGGGUCUUGGGUUUCCUAAAUGCAAAUCCUGCACCGCACUUGAAGGCGCGUGUCGCCAAUUAUGGUCUAAUGGAUCAAAUAGCUGCUUUGCACUGGGUACAGCAAAACGUUGCAUUAUUUGGAGGUGAUCCAACUAACAUCACUCUAGUUGGACACGGUUCGGGUGCUGCCUGCAUCAACUUUCUCAUGAUAUCUCCAACUGUGAUGCCAGGGUUAUUUCAUCGAGCUGUAUUAUUGUCAGGAUCUGCACUAAGCUCGUGGGCAAUAGUAAAUGAUCCAGUAUACUAUUCCAUUAAAUUAGCAAAACAUAUGAAUUGCUCAAUACCAGAAGACCUAGUGAAAGACCAUGAAACUAUAGUUGACUGCUUACGAGAAGCACCAAUAGAAGAACUCUUAUCAACAGACAUAUCAUCACCUAACUUUUUGACUGCUUUCGGGCCAUCAAUAGAUGGCGUUGUAAUCAAAACAGAUUUUGCAAAAGAUUUCUUGACGGUACACGCAUCGGGAGACUUCCCCAGUUUUGGACCACUCAAUAACAUGUUACCAAAUGUAAGGAAGCGAAGUGAUAAUGGCAGGAGGCUGUUCCAAAACAAAUAUGAUUUAUUAUUCGGCGUCGUCACAUGUGAAGCGUUAUGGAAAUUUUCUGCCAGCGAUGUUCAGAACGGAAUUGAGCCGGAUAAGCGUGAUAGAAUGUUAAGGACGUACGUGAGAAAUGCAUACACCUACCACUUAAGUGAGAUCUUCUAUACCAUCGUGAACGAGUACACCGACUGGGAAAGAAUGGUAGAGAGUCCAAUUCAUACCCGGGAUGCAACCGUAGCAGCUAUCUCCGAUGCUCAAUACGUAGCACCUCUGGUCCAGAGUGGGGACUUGUUGAGUGGGGGGAAGCCUGUCACUUCUGAUGAGGAUGGACCUAUAAGACCAACGAAAACUUUCUUCUAUGUCUUCGAUUAUCAAACGAAGGAUGGAUACUAUCCGCAGAGAACUGGAACAGUGCAUGGAGAGGAGCUGCCUUAUAUCUUCGGAGCACCAAUAGUCGAGGGCUUCGGGCACUUCGCACACAAUUACAGCAAGUCUGAGGUCGCACUAUCGGAGUCUAUCCUGUUAUUUAUUGCCAAUUUCGCAAAGACAGGAAAUCCCAACGACAAUACUCGUCAGGACUCACUUCUACCAGCGUCACGGGAGAGAAAUAGAUUCCGUGGAAUAACGUGGGAAGAAUACGACUCAACUCAUCAAAAGUAUUUAGAAAUAAGUGUGAAGCCUCGUUUGAAAAACCAUUAUCGUGCGCACCAACUAUCAGUAUGGCUACGCCUCGUUCCCGAACUCCACCGAGCAGGAAUGGAAGACGUCGCAACACGACACAACCUCUUCAAGAACCACAACGAUCAAGACCUCUACGAAGGCAUAGUUCGACCUGAUCCCUUAUCUAGAACAAUGGAAAGUGAUAUUAGACGAAAUGGUUCCACAUAUUCAGAGACAGCGUUGACAACAGUUGAUUCUAUACUCGCCACUUGUGUCACAAUCGUUCCAAGUGGAAGAGAUGUAUCAUACAACAACAAUGAUACAAUAGCCAGCUUAGAAGCAGCCGGAUAUGCAGCUUAUUCCACUGCAUUAAGUGUUACAAUUGCAAUCGGAUGUUCAUUACUUAUAUUAAACGUCUUAAUAUUCGCUGGAGUUUAUUACCAGAGAGAUAAGUCAAGGUCUCGAGGAAAACAACAACGUUUCAAUGAGAAACACUUCGAGACAAUAUCGGGGAAGCAUUCACAUUACCAUAUUGAUCCAACGAUUGCGCCAAGCUUAGUCGUCGACGUUGAAAGACAGAAUAGGAAAAAGGAACAGAGUCUAUCGAAUUUGAACUUUAAGGGGCCGUUGGAUGGUCCCAAAUCACCCAGCCCGACGCUUAGUAUAGAUAAUAUGAUGUUACCGAGUAAAUUAGGCAGUAGGAACAGUAGUUUUAGAUUACCGAAUACGUAUCAAGGUUAUGCGACUUUACCGAAGAAUUUGAAUCAAUUUAGCUCCCCGUCUAUUCCGGAUAUGCGGCAGCACUUACCGGGAUCUUCGCCGAUUAGGGAAGAAGCUAGAAUGGCUCACGCAACACUAAGAAGAGGAAAGGCGCUUCAUCCACAGAACUUGCCUCAAGCCGCUAUUGAUGAAAUGCGAGUGUGACAUUAGGCGUGUGUUGUUAACAUAAUUUUGUAAAUAAAAGUUUGUGAAUUAAUCUAU